AUGGGGGAAGAUUCAAUGAGUUACAGAGAGCUUUCAAAUAGGCUUGCAGAAUCUAAAGAAGCCCUUGGUGAACUAAGGGUCAAGUACAAAGCUUCAUUGGCUAAGAGAAUAGAGUUGGCUAAGCAGUUGAUGGAACUUAGUGAAAAUAGUUCAUCUGAGGAAGCAACCAUUGAUGUAUUGUCUAAUAAGGUGGAAAUGGAGAAUGAUGAAAAGUCAAAUCUGAGGAGAGAGUUGAAUGCCCUUACCAUUAGGAUGAGUCAAGAGCUAGAAGUUAGGAUGACAAUUGAAGACAAAACAAGAGAGAAGGAGAAUGAGAUCUUUAAGUUGAAUCAGGAGAUUGAUACUUGUCAGAUGGAGCCUGCAGAACCAAGAACUUCAUCGGUCAUGCCUAUGGGGUAUGAGGUACAUGGUGAAUUGGCCAAACCAGUAGUGGCCAAAAAGGUCAAGAAAGAGGUUGAAGAAUUUGUUGUUGCACAAAGAUUUACAAAGGAGAUGAUUGAUGAAGAAAGAACUAGAUUUGAAGCAAAGAAGAAGAGGUUAACAGGAUUGCUUGUUGGAGAAUCCCAGUUUGUGCAAGCUGAGACUCAGGAAAUUUUAAAAAAGUUUUUAAGUCUUGAAAGAGAAGAGGAACCAGAGAUGAUAGAAUCUUCUGAGGAAGAAAAUAUCCUUGAAGCACUGGUAAUUGAAGGUGUACUACUAGAUGUGUUUAAAAAUGAUGAGAUAUCGAUAGAUACUCAAAUGGAGAAAGAACAAGAAGGUGGACGCACCACAUCAGUUUCUACUAUCACUAAAGAACAACCAUUGAUACCGAAAGAUAUUCCAAUUGGUAAAGAUGAAGAGAAGACACAUAAUCAAGAGAAUGCACAAGUAGAUGAUGUGAAAACCAUAGGGCCAUUAGAGAACACAACAAAGAUGCAGACAAAGACACAAGAGAGUGUACAAAUUGAUGUUGAGCAAACAACAAAGUCACCAAAGAAGGCAAUCAUUGAUGAUGAUGAGGAUGGUGAUAGAAUGAGCAUCCAAGGACCAAUAAACAUGGAUAUGUUGAGUCCAACUGAACUGAUGGAGUUUGCAUCUGCAAUGCAAUCCAAGGCCAAGAAGAAGAUGAUGAGAGCUCAGAGGAGAGAAGCUCAAACCAUACAGACUACAGUAGACAUAUUUUCUAGUCUGUUACCAGAGACUGACAUUGAUAAUCUCAUAACUUCCAUUGAAAAAUUGGACCACUUGGUCAAAUUAGUAGGGGAUGAAAUGAAGACUCUUGGAGAGGUUUCUCUACAUAAUGUAGAGAAACAAUAUGAGAAGAAAAUAAUUGAAAUGUUGAUCAAGGCAAUUAACAAAGAUAGAGAAGUUCUUACUACAAAUAUGGACCAAAUCAAAGAAGCCUUAAAGAAUGGAUGUAAAAUUCUUUAUACCAUCUACAACUUUUCAUUGUUCUUUGAUGAUAUCAAUAAGAAAAUAAAGGAAGCUCAGCAAGAGCUAAAGAGUUUAAGUGAAUCAUUUAUUACAUUAAAUUAUUUAACAAUAAUUUUUGGUAGAUCGGUCAUAUUGACACAACAUAAGCUUAAAUGA